UGACCAUCCAGUUGGAUUUCUGUUCUCUCUUCACUUCAUCUUCUUCCUUCAGCCGCCGCAUAUUUGCAGAGCUAUCAAAUGUCUGCUAUAUCUUUCUCUCCCUCCGUAGCUGUAUCUUCAUCGUCUUCUGUCUCACGUUCCGACAUCCUUAAGCCGGCUUCGUCUCUCAAUCUAGGGUUUCUGUCUUCAUCCUCUUCCAAGACAGCAAUCAGCUCACUCAGAGCUCGUUCUUCUUCUUCAAACGGAUCUGGGUCAGCUCUCGGAGCUCGUAUGGUGUCCGUUCCCGCGAUCAAGAUGUUGCCUAAGCUAGAUUUCGAGACAUCUGUAUUCAAGAAGGAGAAAGUGUCACUUGCUGGACACGAUGAGUUUAUUGUAAGAGGAGGAAGGGAUUUGUUUCAUUUACUUCCUGAGGCUUUCAAGGGUAUUAAACAGAUUGGUGUAAUUGGUUGGGGAUCACAGGGUCCAGCUCAAGCUCAGAAUCUUAGAGAUUCUCUUCAGGAAGUGAAAUCUGACAUUGUUGUAAAAGUUGGUUUGAGGAAGGGAUCUAGUUCAUUUGCUGAGGCACGAACUGCUGGAUUUUCUGAAGAGAAUGGAACCCUGGGUGAUAUCUGGGAGACUGUAUCUGGUAGUGAUCUGGUGCUGCUUCUGAUCUCUGAUGCUGCCCAGGCUGACAAUUAUGAGCAAAUAUUCUCCCACAUGAAGCCAAACAGUAUACUUGGACUUUCCCAUGGGUUUCUUCUUGGUCACUUGCAGUCAUCGAACACUGAUUUCCCUAAGAACAUUAGUGUUGUAGCUGUAUGCCCAAAAGGAAUGGGUCCAUCAGUGAGGAGACUCUAUGUACAAGGAAAGGAAGUUAACGGAGCUGGAAUAAAUUCCAGUUUUGCUGUCCACCAGGAUGUGGAUGGUAGAGCAACUGAUGUCGCCCUAGGAUGGUCAGUGGCACUUGGUUCUCCAUUCACGUUUGCUACCACACUGGAACAGGAAUACAGGAGUGACAUAUUUGGUGAACGAGGCAUUUUGCUUGGUGCCGUUCAUGGGAUUGUUGAGACUUUGUUUAGAAGGUAUACUGAGAAUGGGAUGGAUGAAGAUUCAGCUUACAAGAAUACCGUUGAGUGCAUAACAGGGAUUAUUUCAAAGACAAUAUCAACUAAGGGAAUGCUUGCUGUUUACAAUGCCCUCUCGGAGGAGGGGAAAAAGGAGUUUGAGAUUGCAUAUAGCGCUUCGUUCUAUCCUAGCAUGGAUAUACUAUACGAGUGCUAUGAAGAUGUUGCUAGCGGAAAUGAGAUCCGAAGUGUUGUCUUGGCUGGAAGACGUUUCUAUGAAAAGGAGGGUCUGCCUGCAUUCCCCAUGGGUAAAAUUGAUCAGACCCGAAUGUGGAAGGUAGGUGAACGUGUUCGUGCUGCGCGUCCAGCAGGCGAUCUUGGUCCUUUGAACCCCUUUACUGCAGGUGUCUAUGUGGCCUUGAUGAUGGCUCAGAUUGAGGUUCUGAGGAGGAAGGGUCAUUCUUAUUCGGAGAUUAUCAAUGAGAGUGUAAUCGAGGCAGUGGAUUCAUUGAACCCAUUCAUGCAUGCCCGAGGAGUCUCGUUUAUGGUUGACAACUGCUCGACGACAGCUCGUCUAGGAUCAAGAAAGUGGGCGCCCAGAUUUGAUUACAUUCUCACUCAGCAGGCUUUGGUGGCUGCAGACAGUAAGGCACCCAUUAACCAAGAUCUGAUCAGCAACUUCUUCUCGGAUCCAGUCCAUGGUGCUAUGGAGGUUUGCGCACAGCUCAGACCUACUGUUGACAUUUCUGUGCCAGCCGAUGCUGACUUCGUCCGCCCCGAGCUCCGUCAAUCUGGGAACUAGGUCUAGUUUUGAACUAUUAAGAAUAAUUUGCGGGUUUUGAUUAUUGUUCUUUGGGUUUGUUUUGAAUUAGGUGCUAUGUUAUUAUAUUCCUUUAUGUCUGUAAUUCUGAGAAGACAAAAAGUAAUGUAAGAAUAAUUGCGGUUCUGGUUUUUGUGCUUAAUUAGCAAA